UGCGAGGAAGCGCUUCGCCAUGGAGGACGGCGGUGGCGGUUGUCAGCGGCGGUCUCAGACGAGCGGGUCGGGGCUGGCGGCCGGCGAUGACAAGCCGACCGGGCCCUGGAGCAAGGACAAGAAGGACCCCAACGCCUCCGCUGCGGACAAGGAGCAGGAGCUGUCCGAGGAAGACAAACAGUUACAAGAUGAGCUGGAAAUGCUUGUGGAACGCCUGGGGGAGCAUGACACUUCUCUGUAUCGACCAGCUCUGGAGGAACUGCGCAGGCAGAUCCGCUCUUCCACAACUUCCAUGACUUCUGUGCCCAAGCCCCUGAAGUUUCUUCGGCCACAUUAUGGCAAAUUGAAAGAGAUCUAUGAGAGCAUGGCUGCAGGGCAAAACAAGCGUUUUGCCGCUGAUAUAAUAUCUGUCCUGGCCAUGACGAUGAGCGGGGAGCGAGAGUGUCUGAAAUACAGGCUGGUGGGAUCCCAGGAGCCCUUGGCCUCAUGGGGCCAUGAAUAUGUCAGACACCUGGCUGGCGAGGUGGCCAAGGAGUGGCAAGAAAUAGAUGAGGCAGACAAGACCCAGAAGGACACACUUCUGACCCUUGUGAAGGAGAUUGUACCAUAUAACAUGGCCCACAAUGCAGAGCACGAAGCCUGUGACUUGCUUAUGGAGAUUGAGCAGAUGGACAUGUUAGAGGAAUAUAUCGAUGACAAUGCCUAUGCCAAAGUCUGUCUCUACCUGACCAGCUGCGUCAGCUACGUCCCUGAGCCUGAGAACUCUGCGCUGCUCCGCUGUGCACUCAGCAUCUUCCGCAAGUUCAAUCGGUACCCGGAAGCCCUGCGCCUAGCCCUUAUGCUGAAUGACAUGGAACUGGCAGAGAACAUCUUCAUCUCUUGCAAAGACGUGGUUGUCCAAAAGCAAAUGGCCUUCAUGCUGGGUCGCCACGGCAUCUUUCUGGAGCUGAGCGAGGACGUGGAAGAAUACGAGGAUCUCACAGAAAUCAUGUCCAACGUCCAGCUCAACAGCAACUUUCUAGCCCUGGCCAGGGAGCUGGACAUCAUGGAACCCAAAGUCCCAGAUGAUAUUUACAAAACCCACCUAGAAAAUAACCGGUUUGGGGGCAGCGGCUCCCAGGUGGACUCGGCCCGCAUGAACUUGGCUUCGUCCUUCGUGAAUGGUUUUGUGAACGCUGCCUUUGGGCAGGACAAGCUGCUGACGGACGAUGGCAACAAGUGGUUGUACAAGAACAAGGACCAUGGGAUGCUGAGUGCUGCAGCCUCACUGGGCAUGAUCCUGCUCUGGGACGUGGACGGGGGUCUCACACAGAUUGACAAAUACCUGUAUUCCUCAGAAGACUACAUAAAGUCUGGCGCUCUCCUGGCGUGUGGCAUUGUGAACUCUGGGGUGAGGAACGAGUGUGACCCUGCCCUGGCGCUGCUCUCAGACUAUGUCCUGCACAACAGCAGCACCAUGCGGCUUGGCGCCAUCUUUGGGCUGGGGUUGGCAUAUGCUGGGUCCAACCGAGAAGAUGUCCUGACCUUGCUGCUUCCUGUGAUGGGUGAUUCCAAAUCCAGCAUGGAGGUUGCCGGUGUGACGGCCCUGGCCUGCGGAAUGAUUGCCGUGGGCUCCUGCAAUGGAGAUGUCACCUCCACCAUCCUGCAGACUAUCAUGGAGAAGUCUGAGACGGAGCUGAAGGACACGUACGCCAGAUGGCUGCCUCUUGGUCUGGGCUUGAACCACCUCGGCAAGGGCGAGGCCAUUGAAGCAAUCCUGGCAGCCCUGCAGGUCGUUUCGGAGCCGUUCCGCAGCUUUGCCAACACCUUGGUGGACAUCUGUGCCUAUGCAGGGUCUGGCAAUGUGCUGAAGGUGCAACAGCUCCUCCAUAUCUGCAGUGAGCAUUUUGAUUCCAAAGAGAAGGAGGAGGAGAAAGAGAAGAAGGAGAAGAAAGACAAGGAGAAGAAGGAAACACCUGCUGACAUGGGGGCCCACCAGGGAGUAGCAGUGCUGGGAAUCGCGCUGAUCGCCAUGGGGGAGGAGAUCGGAGCUGAGAUGGCAUUGCGCACUUUUGGUCACCUGUUGCGGUAUGGUGAACCCACGCUUCGCCGAGCUGUGCCCCUAGCCCUGGCUCUCAUUUCGGUCUCUAACCCCCGCCUCAACAUCCUUGACACCCUCAGCAAGUUUUCCCAUGAUGCUGACCCAGAAGUGUCCUACAACUCUAUCUUUGCCAUGGGCAUGGUGGGCAGUGGUACCAAUAAUGCCCGUCUGGCAGCAAUGCUGAGGCAGCUCGCACAGUAUCACGCCAAGGAUCCCAAUAACCUCUUCAUGGUGCGGUUGGCUCAGGGCCUGACGCACCUGGGGAAAGGGACACUCACCCUCUGUCCUUACCACAGCGAUAGGCAGCUCAUGAGCCAGGUGGCUGUGGCGGGCCUCUUGACAGUGCUCGUGUCCUUCCUGGAUGUGCGUAAUAUUAUUCUGGGGAAGUCCCACUAUGUGCUGUACGGCCUUGUGGCUGCCAUGCAGCCCCGCAUGCUAGUGACCUUCGACGAGGAGUUGCGCCCCUUGCCAGUGUCUGUGCGAGUGGGGCAGGCAGUCGACGUGGUGGGCCAGGCCGGCAAGCCAAAGACCAUCACAGGCUUCCAGACUCACACAACGCCAGUGCUGCUGGCCCAUGGCGAGCGGGCAGAGCUGGCCACAGAGGAGCACAUACCAGUCACCCCUAUCCUGGAAGGCUUUGUUAUUCUGCGUAAAAAUCCCAACUAUGAUGUCUAAAUUUCCUGAGCUGUGUGGGGGUGGGGGUGGGGGUGGGAGUGGGAGGGAAUGAGCGAUGGCACUGUGAGAGGGAGUAGUCUCCUCCGCGUUUUUGUUACGAAAAGAGUUCGUCCUGGAGAAAUAAACUGACUUUGGAGUGAGCCUGGCUUUCUGCCUGAUCUGUAGAUAGAGGGCUCAGAAGAGCACAGACAAUCAGUGCAAAGGAUUUCUGGUUCUGUGGGUAGACUGUAAACUGCCUGGCACUUACUCUCGCAGAAAGUGUUCCCUGUGGCCUUGCAGAUAAAACUGCAACUUAGACAGUUACCAAGUGAUGUAUGUAGCUGGGUUUAUUGUUGACUAAAUGGAGGGCCUGAUUUGCUUGGUUUCUUUACAGUUUAAGGAUCUUUAGUAGAGGAUCUGUCCUGUGUCUGAUAGAUGAAGCAGUGAAGGCUUUGUGGAAGGCACAGGCAGGGCAUCAAAGAUUCCAAGUCUCUGCUCCCUUUGAUUUCAAACACAAUCCGUAUAAUUAGCAUAAUGACUAACCUGAUGUCAAGCACAGGUCUCUCAAAAUGGAAGAAUGCUGGAGAAAUCAUUCUGUUACAGCUGCUUUAUCACGCAGCAUUAAUGCAUAGAAUAUUGCCAGAUUCUUCCUGGCCAGCAAUGAGAUUGAGCAAUGCCUGGGAAGGAUGCGACAACAGACUAAUUGCUCAGCUGGUUUGAUUUUUUGCUUGGGGAAAUGAAGUUAGCAGUAUUUGGUAAACAUGAAUAGAACAGGGGAACUGCAUUUUCAGCCACAGGAAAUGAUUUGGAACCAAGUCAGUAGAAGAAACGAGAGAAGAAAAUACUACAGCAGGGGUAGGGCACUGCAGCAGCCCAGUGUAUAUUGGAUAGAAGCUCAGAAGAAACUUGCUAAGUUCUGGCAAAAAGAUGAGACAACAGGAACAGAAUGCUGUCAGAAUGGAUUUGCCCUUCAAAGAAGGGCUUCUGUCCACAUGUGUUGGGCUACAGCAGGGUUGCCAAGCCUGAACGUAUUGACUAGCUCUUUGGAUUUUGCAGUAUUGUGUAGGAUAUAACCCUACAACAUUCCACAUUUUAAAAAAUGAAACCACCUUUAGGAUUAGGAACCAAAAGCCCUUAGUAGGGUUAGAAGGGUUGACUCUGUAUCAGCCUCUACCAGCAUCAGCAAUACAGAUGUCAAGGAAUACGGCCUAGCUGAGUCCAGCCUGUACCUGGAGGAGAGAACUGGCAGUUGCUUAAGGCAAGAUGGUGCAUGGUGGCAUAUCGAGAGGGUGAUUUUGUAAAAGAAGUAAACCAUGGUUCCUACUGCUGCAGGCAUCUGCACAUCGCAACCAUGAUACGGGUGCAAAAUGUUGGUGUGGUCCUUUACUGUGUGUUCGGCCCUCUGACGUCUGAGACUUUGUAACAUGGCCCUCUUGGGCUAUGGCAAUUCAGCAUCUAGUCUCAGCACACUUUGACAUGUUUUCUCACAUUUGUUUUGCUCACUACAGUUCUUCUGGGUUUUUCUGGGGCGGGGGGAGCUGCCACAUUACAUCCUGAAUUAAAAGGUAGCUCUUCCAACCCGUCUAAGAGCAAUACAUAAGUAAGAUCUCCUUCCUGCCCCAUUCCUCUAACUACUAAUUAAGCUGCUUUUGUAUUGGAGAGGUUACACAACAGCUUUUCUUCCCAAAGUGCAUGUUUUGUAUAAUCAGAGUUGUAUUUCAGGAAAUUUCUCCACUAGCAGUCUGAAGUGGUGCAGCUGCGAAACAAUUAUAUAACCGUUCACCUGCUGUCAGUGUGUAUUGCUGAUGCAGCUUGUAGUGUUGUAUAAAUACAGUUUGAAAACACUGGCGUUUCAGCCUUUGGUCUGUGUUGGCAAACCUGUUGGAUGGUACUACAUCCAAAUAAUGAUGCAGAUUAGAAAGGCACAAAUCAUGUGUGGAAUAAAAAACAUUCCUGCCA